CCAUUAAAUAUUCCUAUCGUCAAAUAUAAUACAAGUCGAAAUGGGUGGUACUCGUGAAAAGAAAGUUCAAUACUUCUCCAAGCUUAGAGAAUUGUUGGAAGAAUACAAGUCGAUCUUCGUUGUCGGUGUCGACAAUGUUUCUUCUCAACAAAUGCACGAAAUCAGAAAGGCCUUGAGAGGUGAUGCCACCGUGUUGAUGGGUAAGAACACCAUGGUCAGAAGAGCCAUCAGAGGUUUCUUGUCUGACUUGCCAGAGUUCGAAAAGUUGUUGCCUUACGUCAAGGGUAACGUUGGUUUCAUUUUCACCAACGCUGACUUGAAGACCAUCAGAGACGAAAUUGUCUCCAACGUUGUUGCCGCUCCAGCCAGAGCUGGUGCCGUUGCUCCAAAGGAUGUCUGGAUUCCAGCCGGUAACACCGGUAUGGAACCAGGUAAGACUUCCUUCUUCCAAGCUUUGGGUGUCCCAACCAAGAUUGCCAGAGGUACCAUUGAAAUUGUCUCUGAUGUCAAGGUUGUUGAAGCCGAAAACAAGGUCGGUCCAUCUGAAGCCACUUUGUUGAACAUGUUGAACAUCUCGCCAUUCACCUACGGUAUGACUGUUGUUCAAGUGUACGACAACGGCCAGGUCUUCCCAUCUUCCAUCUUGGACAUCUCUGACGAUGAAUUGGUUGGUCACUUUGUCUCUGCCAUCAACGUCAUUGCCUCCAUCUCUUUGGCUGUUGGUUACCCAACCUUGCCAUCUGUCGGUCACUCUGUCGUCAACCACUACAAGAACGUCUUGGCCUUGUCGAUUGCUACUGACUACACCUUCGAAGGUUCUGAAGCCAUCAAGGACAGAUUGGCCAACCCAGAAGCUUACGCUGCUGCUGCUCCAGCUGCUGCUGCUUCCGGUGCCUCUGAAGAAGCUGCUGAAGAAGCCGCUGAAGAAGAAGCUGAAGAAUCUGAAGACGACGACAUGGGAUUCGGUUUAUUCGAUUAAACUGAUGAUUGAAUUAGCUAGUAAUACUUUUUUCAUUGUGCAAUAAAUCUUCGUUUUAA